AUGUCGUCUGAGGGAUUCCGUUUCUCCUUUGCAGAGGAUGAGCCAGACGUGCCACCUGCAGGAGGCACAGGUCCUUCUUCAGCAGAGGCGGUCAAUGUGGUGUCGUUGUUGCAGCUUCCUAUCUACACGCUGACGCCACAGUUGUUGGAGGAGUGGAUGGCGCAGUACCCGGAAAAGCCACAAGACAGGAUGAAGCUUUUGUCUACCACAUCAGCAGAGGCAGCCGCAUGGGUUCAACCAUUAAUGUACCAGCGUGCACCGCAUGUGGCGGAGCUCACUGCAGCUGGCAAUGAUGAGCAACGGGACAUCAUUCCAGGUAAGUACUAUGGCGGGUUGAAGGUGUGGUCGUGCGCACCCUAUCUGGUGGAGUACAUGUUCGAGAACCGCAAUAUGUUUGCGAGACUCUUCGCGGGUACCGCGAAGCCCUCGAGUGAAGAAGAAGAAGGUGCACGAGUGCAGGUCGCUGACGGUUUUUCAGAUGACCCUAUCGUUGCCGAAGUGGGUUGUGGGCAAGGACUUCCUGGUAUCGCUGCCCUUCUCUUAGGGGCGCGCCGGGUGAUCUUCCAGGACUACAACGAGGAGGUCCUGCAGCUGUGUGUUAAGCCGAACAUUGCGGUGAAUAUGUUGCUUCACGCUAAAGAGUCUGUGUUGUGUCAUCAUCAUCAUCAUCAGCAGGAGCAGGAGCAGCGGUGCCCUCCGGUGGUGCAGAUGGUGUCUGGUGACUGGAGCUCUCUGCGAUGGCAGGGGGAAGAGGAUGGGCCAGCAACGGCAGCACGCGAGGUGCGCUGCAGAGUGGUGCUUGGGAGUGAUGUGACCUUCGAUGAAGAAGCGUGCGAGAAGUUAGCCGAUAUGUUGGGGCGCUGCUUGUGCCCGUUGGGCGGUGUCGCGUACAUCGCGACCAAGCAAUACUACUUUGGCACCAACGGCGGGGCGCUUGAGUUCCAGAAGCGCGCCGAAAGACGUGGGCUUGAGGUUUCUGAAGUGAGUCGCGCUGAUGCGGUAGGGGGAAUGCAGCGAUUAAUUAUGCGUGUGAGGCACCCAGAUCAAAUGACAGCAACAUGA